UUCCAGUCAUGAAGGACUUCACCUGACAGCCACGACUUUUCAGAGUCGGCAGUUCUGCAGUCCUACCAAAAUGAAUGCUCAUCUGAAGGUGAAAGUGAACGAUUGGGCCUCGGGCCUCCACUUUCUGCAACGGUGGUUUUAAAACCACCCUUGUUGCUGAUCCUGCCCAUGGCAGGGGGGUUGAAACUAGAUGACCUUUGAGGCUCUUUUCAACCCAGGCCAUUUACCCACAGAAUCUAUGAUUCUGUGAUGAAAAGAUGAGAGAAAAAGAUGACCUAGUGUAAUCCUGUGUAACAAACCCUUCAUUUGGCAUUCAUUCUGGAGAAAACAUCACAACAGAUGAAUUUUAAUUGUUUCUGAAUCCCAUUAGACAGAGGGAUGUUCCCCUCUUCCUGAUAUGAGGAAGACUUUUUACAGGGCGAGACAAGAAAUGUGCCAUGAAAUAACCUUGAUGUAUACUAUUCAGCUUUUUCAAUAUUCAUUUCAAGGUUAGUGAAACAGGCAAGCAUUGCUGAUGUAUACUCUGUUUUUUAAUUUACUUUUAGCCCUUUUGUUCUGUUGCUAAUUAGCUAUAUAUGACAUAAUCAUCAAAAGAACAAGGUGGUCUAUAUUCUGCUCCUUUGCUUACAUGCUCUAUUCCCUCCUUUCAAUAUUGGCAGGUUUGGAUGUUUAAGAGCAUGCUAACUGCCUCAAAAAAGUUCAAAUCAUCAUGCUUCCUCCAGAUGGAAGGCAGUAAGAAGCGUUUGUUAACACGUAAAAAUUAACAUUAUUAACGGCAAUUCCUUUGUUGUCACAUCUUAUAUUUAGUCAUUUCCUGGCUAACAGUCAUUAGACUAUUUUGCUUGUCAAUGUUGCAUAAAGCUAUUUAACAUCAAGACAAAAACUCAGUCAUUUUUUUAAUAUAAAUUUCUUCAAGCUUAUAAGACUUGCUAUUUUCUGUGUACAAGAUAAAGUACAUCAAGAUGCACCAAACAUGUAUUUUGCAAAGAAGAAAACUGUGCUGAAUUGGAAAUACUAACCUCAGACCUCUACUUCUUUUAGAAGGAAUCACCAUCUGGUUCAAAGUGGUUUCUGAUUCCUUUCUUCUAGUCACGGAUAGAGAGGAGAUGGUGCUCUGUUGCACUUGUGUUGACAAGGACUCCCUUUAAAAACUAUGCAGUCAUUGAUCCCUCUCUGGCAGUUGUUGCUUCCACAGCCAAGACUGCAUGUGUAUUUCAUUGCAUUAGUGGCUUUGACAUUACACCAGUUACCAAAACACCAAGUGAUCUAAACAACAUUUGUUCAGUCAAAUCUGCAGUUCUGUGUUCAAGCAAGUUAUAUUCACUUCUAAUCUUUAAACACAACACAGUCCUUUCCUAAGCAAGGCUAGAAGCGUGCUGAUUACUGUGAAGAAAAAGACUAAUAAAAAGGGGAGAAAACACAAAAGAGUGCUCAGAAGGGUAAAGAUUUCAGCUGGAAAAAAAUUCAGUACUGAAGCCUAAUGGGCUAACAUUCAUCACACAAAUUGCAGUAACUGAAUGUGUGUCAGUCUGUGAAUCAAGAGGUAUAAGGCUUAAACAACAAAUCAUUUGUCAGGCUAAAUCAUGGUUUAAGCUGCUGUGUUUUACUUGGCAAGAGGGGCAGGUAAUUGGUGUGUUUGGUCAGUCACUGUGCAUCAGUUUAAAUGUGGUUACUCGAGCCACAAAACGACACCAGUUUGAUUUGGAUAACUCUGUAUACCAAGAAACUGGAAGAAGUGAAUAUGUAUACGAUACAAGUAAAUUAAAGGCCCAGUUAACCCUUCCUCUCUGGCACUAAGUAAUAGCAGUGCACUACAAUUACGACAAACCACUUUUUUGGACAAACUCAGUUGGCCUCUUGCUACCCCCUAAUUCAAUUUAAAAUUCUGAGUGAAGGUCUUCAUUAAGCAAUGGAAACACAGAGGAAUAUAAGAAAUACCAUACUGGAUCACAGCAGAGCACAGCAACAUUUUUGCUUUAGAGUACAUGAGCCCAUUGCUUCCUGAAGUGCCUUCCCCUCACACUCCACCAGCACCCAUAAUAGCUGGGAAUAUCAGAAGCUAUUAUAUCUGGCCCAGUCCUACUAGUAUCCACACUUUCCGUAAAUGGAUGUAAUUUCCUUUUGAAUCCUGUGAUACUGCCUGCUCCAUAGCAUCAGCCUUCUCUUCAACCUGAAGCAUUCCAAACUUUAAGUCUUUCCUUUCAAGGAAGCUGCUCUGUCCCUCUGCUGCAUUAAAUUCCCUUUUCUGCAUCACCUCACAUACGCUGCAUCCUUCUUGAGGAGCACACGCUAAAGCUCUACUCAGUAUUCAAGAUGAAAACACACUGAAGUUCGGUGUAGUGACAAAAUGACACCUCUGUCUUGUUCUCAAUAUCCUUCCUGAUAUUAUGGUGAUAUAUUUCUGGCUUUUUUGAGCAAUACCUAUGAUGAGCCAAUGAAUUCAGAGAAUUGUAAGACUUUACUGAGCUGACUCAGCUCAAUAAUGCGUACAGAAGGUUUACACUACUUUUAGCUAAAUGCUUUACUUUGCAUUCUAACAGUAAUGCGCCUACCCAAUCUUGUUUUAUGAGUUCUUUUGGUAUCCCAUUCCCUUGCCAGAACACUUGACUAUUCAAAGGAGCUUAGCAUUGCCCACAAACUUGGGCUAUCCCUUUCCCAAGAGAUAGGGAUUUUCUAGACCACUGUGUUCUUUGUUAGUGAUGCUGCUGUUCAAUACCUUCUUCAUGUCACAAAUGAAGAUGUUGAUCUAGAACUGUGUCCAGCACAAAAUCCUGAGGGAUAUAACUACUGAUUGUGCCACUCCAAAAAAAGUGAUCACUAAACUCUAACAGACUUUCCAGUCUUCAGCCAGCUGCAGGUCUACUAAAGAACAUUUCCUCCAGUGCCAUCUUUUUUUUCUUUUUUUUUCCUGAAGCUCUAAUCUUCUCCUAUGAUUGAAGCCAUGGAAAGAGAUUUUCUGGAUCACUGUUUUUGUGGGUGGUGUCACAUAUUUAAUAUUAUUUUAAUGAACACAUAUACAUUUGUUUUUUUAAAAUACCACUUCUAGGAUGGUUGUAGCUUUCCUGCUUUUUGUUUAUGUAUUUUUGACAACCAGCCUUCAUUGUCACCGAGUUCUGUUUCUUAAAAUUGAUCAUUCAUGCAGUUUAUUUUGCCUGGUCUCUAACUACAAUGCUAAACAUAGCUGUAAUUAUGUUGCUAGUACUGAGAGGACUCCACUAAAACAUCCUGAACUAUGUAGGUGUUAUGCAUUACUCAAAAUCAAGUUUAAAAUGGCAGCUUUCCCCCUGGAUUUUAAAACUAUUAAGUGUAAUUUAUUGCAUGCAAAAAAUUUAGUAACGUCUCAUUCUGAUAAAGACUUCGAAUGUGUUGUUGAAAUACAGCACUAUUGCUUCCUGUCCUCAACAUGCAGCUUCUCUAAUCAAUAACUGGAGGACCAAAUUGUCUAGUAAAUCCUUCACUUAUUGUUUUCCUCACAGAGCUAACAACUUUGCAUUUUGUAGUUUUUGCAAAAAAAGCUUAACCAGAUCCAAACGGUGAAUGCUGGUUUCAGACAGCCCAAAUCAUAUCCGUUGUUUUUCUCAGUAAAUAGACUACUUCUACUCUUUUUCUUUUCUGUACUCCUACCCACUUUACUGCAGUUUUCCUUCCUAAUCCUAUACAAGUCUGUAAAACCCAUCAACAUUUCUCAAACGGUCAAGAUGGUCAUCUCUCUGCUAUUACUAGCAACACAUGUCCUCCUUCAAUUUCCAUUGCAUUAAGCAUCCUCCACAAUCUGGCUUACUAAUCACUAAUAGAAGAGUUAUUUCCAGAAAAAACGACUAACAUUCCCUCCUUGCGGCCAAACAAACCUUACUCUGCAUAGCCAGGUUUUUUCUUAUUUUUUAAUUUUUAAUUGUUAUUUUUUCAAAAAUACAAGCAAGGGUAACUAUUAUGAUGGUUAUAUGUAUGUAUAUAUGUAUAUGCACACAGCCAAUGAAGUCAUUAUUUAAAACGAUGCCCCUCGGGGAUAAUGAAGUUUUCUUUUUAUCUAUUGGUUUGGGUAGCAUAAAUAUCUUGGCUCAUAUUUUCUUAAUGUGUAUCUCACUGCCACAUUUUGCCAGCAAACAUUCUCUGGUCUAUGAUGUUACUGUGAUGCAACAGAACGUCACCAUGGUGACUUUUGUGGAGGUCCCACUCCCCAUUGUGCUGCCUCUUGCUGGUGGCAGGACAAACCUUGUUGGCUGGGGAAACAGUUGUGGACAGUUAUUUCUUUCAAGGUGAAAAAUUAAUAACUCAAAUGGAGACAUCUUCAUCACAAACACCAGGUGUUUCUGUCCCAAACACUCACUCUGCAGCCUUGGCUUCUGCUGCCCGUCCAGUCCGUCAUAAAAGAGCAGCUCAGGAUGCUGCCUUAGGACCUACCAAAGAAGAAAAGGCUUCUCCAUUUUCUCAUGGGGAACCACAUGCCAAAAGACGACAUCAUGAUCUUUCUGAGAAGUGCUCCGCCAAAGCCAAGGACUUGUCACCCUGCUACUUUCUGAAAAACCUCUGGAAAGUUAUUGAAAGCAAUCACUUCCAGUCCAUUUCGUGGGGCAAUGAUGGAGAUUUUAUAGUGAUUAAGGAGCCUUUCUUCAGAACAGAAGUACUGGCCAGGAGAGGACCUCUCAAAAUCUUCGAUAUCGACAGCAUGAAAAGUUUUGUUCAACACCUUCAUCACCACGGCUUCUAUAUUAUUGAAGGAGAUUUGCCAAGCUCCGCCUCACAUGCUGAAAUCCUAGCAGAGGGAGCAGCAAUUUCUACUCCUUGUGAGUUACUCUGCUACUAUAAUCCGCAUUUCAAGAGGGAUUAUCUCCUCUGGCAGAAAAAAUUCAAGUGGAGUGUUGGUGUUAAAAGGAGAAGACCAGCUGCAUCCUCACCUGCCCUAGAUUUGAAGGAGGGCCAGCAGAGAAGACUGCUGGAGAUGCAGUCAGGCGCUGCUGCGUCGGCAGGCAGUGAGUUCCCUGUUACCACCCAGGAUGCUGCUCCUGCUGCUUCUGCAAAUCGCACAUCUCUAGUACCAAGCAAUCCUCUUCCACCAGGGCUGGGACCAGACAGCAGAGCUGGAGGUGGUGGAGUUGGAUGUCCCUACAACUUACGCUCCAGGAAGCACUGCAGAUAAAAGUAGUACCAUGUAGACAGAGUAGAGUAGUUUAUAAAAAAUAAAUGUUUGGACUGUU